AUGUCCGACCUCGAUGAGACUGCUUUGAGAACGCUGGUUCCUGCCAUUUUGGACAAGGCAAAUCUUGAACCUGGCGAAGUGGCGAAGUGGUCCUUACUAUUGGUCUUGCAGCCUGCCCUGGCAGCCGGAUAUGAGAUGCCGUGGGACCCUGUGACGGCGAAGGAGCCAUAUUAUGACCAGGAGAUGUACAACUACAUCGCCGAGAGACCUGGAGGUGUGUCGCUGGAGGUGAACCAUCUCUUGAAUCAGUGGCUCUUAGAGCUGGUCCCCGCGGGGGGCAACAACUUCAUUGUGAAAGCCAUCCCGGUGCACCUGGCGGAUAAGCUGCGACGCCUGGAUGAUACCACCAGGCAGGUCUAUCAGCAGAUCGAGAAGGCUGGGGACAGAGGCGCCUGGAGCAAAAGUCUGAAGGAUCAGACCAAACUGCAGCAGCACACCAUCACCAAGGCUACGAAAGAACUGAUGAAGAUGCAGCUGAUUAAGGAGGUGAAAUCAGUUCAAAACCGCAACCGCAAGGUCUUCAUGUUGAUCGAUUUGGAGCCCAGCAAGGAAGUCUCUGGAGGUACCUGGUACAAGGAUGGCGAGUUCAACACCAGCUACGUGGAGACCCUGCGUGAGCACUGCUUGACCUUUUUGGAGAAGAACCCGGGCCGGCCAGUGCCGCUGGCAGACAUACAUCGCUAUGUGAUGCAACAUCCUGGGCCUCAAGUUCCCACUGAGGAUGACAUCAGCUGCAUCAUGAAGACCUUGGAGUUGGAUGAGGAAGUGACCUCCGCGGUCUCCGCGACUGGACAGAGAGUCUUCAUGAAGAUGCGCAAAGGCGCCUUCGCCACCCACUUCGACCUCUUCGCGGCACGUUUGCCCAACUUCCUGCAGCCAGCCGAGGCGGUGCCGGGACAGAUGCUGGUGCCAUGCAUCUGCUGCCCACUGCGCAACGAGUGCAAGGCUGGCGGACGUGUUUGCCCCGAGAAGUGUGAAUACCUCACGAGGUGGCUACAAAAAGAUGAACCAGCACAAACGGAGGACUCGAUGGUGGAUUGGUAGCGUAAAAUGUGCCGCGUGAGC